AUGGCUCCAAACAAGUUCGAGACUACCGCAAUUUUAACUAGUCGUGUUAACGAUGGUAUUCUAUUACAUGAUGUUUAUUUAUGUCCAAUUUGUCAAAAUAUUCUUUGGAAACCAGUUGCCUGUAAAACAUGUGAAAAUUCAUUUUGUUCAAAAUGUAUUACAUCUUGGCUAUCUAAAGGUCGAGGAUUAUGCCCAUUUAAAUGCACCUAUCGUGAACGAAAGUGUCCAUCGAUAUUGUUAAGUUUAUUGUCAAAAUUAGAAGUAGACUGUCGAUAUAAAUCGAAUGGAUGUUCAAAAAUAAUGUACUAUGAAUUAUUAGAGGAACAUGAAGAUGAAUGUCAGUAUCAAAUGAAACAAUGUAAAGGAUGUGAACAAAGUAUAUUACUUAAAGAUCUUGUUAACCAUGAAGAUGAAUGUGGUAUGGUUGAUGUUAUCUGUUAUAAAUGCCAAACUAUUUAUAAACAAAAGGAAAUGAAAUAUCAUGAUCAGAUCAAAUGUUUAGAAAAUGCAAUGGAACGAAAAAUGAGUGAUGCAUUAAAACAACAACAAAAAAUGUUUGACGAAAGACUAAGAUUAUUGGAAGAAAACUAUAAGAAAAAAUCACAAUAUGAACGAAUAGAAAGUAAUUAUUCAAAUAAGAAUAAUAAUAAUUCUUCUAUACACAGUCUGGAACAAAAUUCGACAAUUCAAGCAAAAUAUGCCACAAUUAGAGGAUCAAAACGGAGGAAUACUGUUUUUAAUCCAAACAUUUUUUACAAUUAA